GCGCAGCCGCCGCCGGUGGCCGGUGCCUGUCAGGGAGGCCGUGAGGAGAAGGCGCCGUGGGGAGCGUGGGUCCCAUACCCGGUUUGCAGCCCAGCCCUCGGGGCGGGACGCGGCUCCAUCACCCGGCUGCUCCCCGCUGGCCCAGGCACCGAGCCGCUCUGUUGGGUCCCCCGGCCGCGGAACGAGCCGCGGUUCGCCCCUCUAGCACCGGCCCUGGGGCAGAGCCCCCACUGCUCGGGAACCCCUCGGGCUUUGGCCCGACCCCGGGAGCCCACGGGGUCGGUGCCGGUGCCGCCACCGCCUCCCCCGCUCGGUCCCUCCUCGCCCCGCCCCGCCGGGCCCGGCCCCCGCUCCUCCCCCGGCCUGCGCGGCACCCGCCGCUCCUCCGCCGCUUCCCCGCUCCGCUCGGGGCCCGCGGCCCUUCCCGGCGGCCCGGCCUGGGGCGGGGGUGGCAACGCCCCGGGCAUCCCGCAGGAAACCCUCCUCACAUGAGUGUUGGUGAAAAUGGGGGACACAAGGGACAUCUGUCCCCACCUGGAUUCCAUAGGAGAGGUGACCACGGAUGAUCUGCUGCUCAAAUCCAAGGGAACUUGCCAGUCUUGUGGAGCUGUGGGACCAAACCUCUGGGCUUGUCUUCAGAUUGGCUGUCCUUAUGUUGGUUGUGGGGAAUCCUUUGCUGACCACAGCACACUUCAUGCACAGGCCAAGAAGCACAACCUGACAGUGAACCUGACCACGUUCCGUGUGUGGUGCUAUGCCUGUGAGAGGGAAGUGUUCCUGGAGCAGCGCCUGGCCCAGCCCCCCUCACCCCCCAGCAAGUUCCCUGAGCAGGAUUCUCCUUUGCCUGCUCACCCUCUGAAAGCUGUUCCCAUUGCAGUGGCUGAUGAAGGCGAAUCUGAAUCAGAGGAUGAUGAUUUGAAACCAAGAGGCCUUACUGGAAUGAAAAAUCUUGGGAACUCCUGCUACAUGAAUGCAGCACUUCAGGCUCUCUCAAACUGCCCACCUCUGACACAGUUUUUCCUGGAAUGUGGUGGACUGGUCCGUACGGAUAAGAAACCUGCCCUGUGCAAAAGUUACCAGAAGUUGGUGUCUGAGGUUUGGCACAAGAAACGCCCGAGUUAUGUUGUUCCAAGCAGUCUCUCCCAUGGAAUCAAGCUUGUCAAUCCCAUGUUCCGAGGCUAUGCACAGCAGGACACACAGGAAUUCCUGCGCUGCCUGAUGGAUCAGCUCCACGAGGAGCUGAAGGAACCCAUCGUGGCAGAGACGAGGGACCUGGACAGCAGCGAGCAGGAGGAGAAGCGUGAGGGCGACCGAAGCCCUUCAGAGGACGAGUUCCUGUCCUGUGACUCCAGCAGUGACAGGGGUGAGGGAGAGGGCCAGAGUCGGACCUCAGGGAGCAUGGGCAGCAGCUCCCUGGCAGAGACAGAGCUGCUGAUCCAGGAUGAAGCAGGGAGAGGGAUCUCAGAGAAAGAGAGGAUGAAGGACAGGAAGUUCUCGUGCGGCCAUCGGCGCAGCAACUCGGAGCAGGUGGAUGAGGAUGCAGAUGUUGAUACUACGAUGAUGCCAGUGGAUGGCAGAGCCUCACCUGAGAUGCUGCCAGCUCCCUGUCCUGCCAGCCCAUGUAGGACACCAGAGCCUGACAAUGAUGCCUAUGUGCGCUGCUCCUCGCGCCCCUGCAGCCCCGUCCAUCAUGAAAUGCACUCCAAGCUGUCCAGCUCUCCUCCCCGCUCCAGUCCUGCCAGGCUUGGACCUUCCUACAUACUCAAGAAAGCCCAGGUGCAGGCCUCUGGGAAAAAGAAGAAGGAGCUGCGGUACCGCAGUGUGAUUUCCGACAUCUUCGACGGCUCCAUCCUCAGCCUGGUGCAGUGCCUCACCUGUGACAGAGUUUCUACAACAGUGGAGACGUUCCAGGACCUGUCACUCCCAAUCCCAGGGAAGGAGGACUUGGCCAAGCUGCACUCUGCCAUCUACCAAAAUGUGCCAGCCAAGACAGGAGCAUGUGGGGACAGCUAUGCCUCACAGGGCUGGAUUGCUUUCAUCAUGGAGUACAUCCGCAGGUUUGUGGUGUCCUGUAUCCCUAGCUGGUUUUGGGGUCCCGUGGUGACACUGGAGGAUUGCCUUGCUGCCUUUUUUGCAGCAGAUGAGUUGAAGGGGGACAACAUGUACAGCUGUGAACGGUGCAAGAAGCUGCGGAAUGGAGUAAAGUAUUGCAAAGUCCUGCGCCUCCCAGAGAUCCUUUGCAUCCACCUGAAGCGGUUCCGGCACGAGGUGAUGUAUUCCUUCAAGAUCAACAGCCACGUCUCCUUCCCCCUGGAGGGGCUGGACCUGAGACCCUUCCUGGCCAAGGAGUGUGUGUCCCAAAUCACCACCUACGACCUCCUGUCUGUCAUCUGUCACCACGGCACGGCUGGCAGUGGGCACUACAUUGCCUACUGCCAGAACGUGAUCAAUGGCCAGUGGUACGAGUUCGAUGACCAGUACGUCACCGAGGUGCACGAGACCGUGGUGCAGAAUGCAGAAGCCUACGUGCUGUUCUACAGGAAAAGCAGUGAGGAGGCUGUGAGAGAGCGUCAGAAGGUCGUGUCCCUGGCCAGCAUGAAGGAGCACAGUUUGCUCCAGUUCUACAUCUCUCGAGAGUGGCUCAAUAAAUUCAACACCUUUGCUGAGCCUGGGCCCAUCACCAACCACACCUUUCUGUGCUCCCAUGGAGGGAUCCCUCCUAAUAAAUACCAUUACAUUGAUGACCUGGUUGUGAUUCUGCCCCAAAACGUGUGGGAAUAUCUCUACAACAGGUUUGGGGGUGGCCCUGCUGUGAACCAUCUGUACGUGUGCUCCAUUUGCCAAGUGGAGAUCGAAGCCCUGGCCAAGCGCAGGAGGAUCGAAAUCGACACCUUCAUCAAGCUGAACAAGGCUUUCCAGGCAGAGGAGUCUCCAAGUGUCAUCUACUGUAUCAGCAUGCAGUGGUUCCGGGAGUGGGAGGCCUUUGUCAAGGGCAAGGACAAUGAGCCCCCUGGACCAAUUGACAACACCAAGAUUGCCCUCACAAAACCAGGUGGCCACGUGCAAGUCAAGCAGGGUGCUGACUACGGGCAGAUCUCCGAGGAGACCUGGCUUUAUUUAAGCACCCUGUACGGGGGCGGGCCCGAGAUCGCCAUCAGACAGAACGUGGCCCAGGUGCAGGAGCUGGAGAACCUGCACGGGGAGCAGAAGAUUGAGGCAGAGACUCGAGCAGUGUGAUGCGUGCAAGGGGGCAGGGCCGGCACAGGUACCGCUGUGGGGGAUGGAGGCUGGGAGUCCUGCGGGGUCCAGAUCCCCCCUGGGCUGGGACUCGAGGUGUGUGCAGCUCCCCCAGCACUCCCGGGGCAGGCAGGCUUCCUCCUCCUCCUCCUCCUCUGGUGUGGCUCUGAGCACGGGGUGGUGCUGGGAGAGGCUGGCACAGAGCUGCGCCUCCCCUCUGGUGCAGCCACGGCCACAGGCUUGUCCUGAGCUGAGCCCUCUCCCUUCCUUUGCUUACACCAAACCAGCACUCCCAGCUUGGCCCCAGUGCACUGAGCUCUGCUCCUUUGCAGGUUUUGCUUUUGGCACUUCUCUUUUUAAUUCAAACAUGUAAAGAUAAUGAGACAUUAUUUAUGUUUCCAGCAGAGAAACCUGGUUUGAGUCUGAGUAAAGCCACAGGUUCUCCUGUGCUUUUGUGCUGGUGGUGCUGUCACAACUUCCUAGUUUUGCUCUUUAUUGAAUUCUUGCAAAUUCAGUUGCAGUCAACUAAGACAUUUGAAAAGAAGCUCUUCCCUUCUCCUUUCACUCACAAACCCACACCUUCAUGGUCCUGCAGAUUUUUAUUUUCUCCUUGUUACUGCUCUCCUAUGUUCAGCACGUUUUUGGACAAGGCUGGAAGGCUCCUCCUUCCCAAAGCCUCCUCAGGCUGACCCUGCCCUGAGCCUGUGUCUGACUCCCUGAGGGGGUGAAGCUGAGGAGGGGCCCCUUUGUUCACUCAGAGGGGGCACCUGGGGCUGGGGAGGGGCCCAGGCUGGUGAAGCAGCUUUUUAGGAACGAGCUCUUUGUGCAAACGAGCCCCACCUGUGUGCUGAGCUCAUUCCAGAUGUCCUUUGUGUGCACAGUGGCUCACUGAAUCCAAAUGCUCCCAGAUCUGCUGCCACCAAUGCAGCAGAGACAGAAAUGAGGGCAAAAAAGGCCAAACUUCACUUUUCUCAGCAGGGCCAUUCUUAACAUUCUUUUUGUUCAUCUUGCAGCAAGGCAGGAGUUGAAUCUUUGCAAGGCUUUGAGAGCAGUUUAAUGGAGCAGAGCUGGGCCUGAGCCAAACUCUGUUCAUGGUGUGGGUGAUGCCACAGCACCAAGUCUGACCUGCAUGGAGCUGGGACCUCCUGAGCUCCUCAAAAAAAUGGGAGGGAAAGGCUGCUCCUUGACUUAGAGAUAGAAGGGGUAGGACAGGAGAAUUUGAGAAGAAAAAUGUGGCCUUCAUGGUUCUUUUUUCUUUUUUUCGUUUUGUUUUAGAUAAAGCAUUUGUUGCAUAAAGCAACUUCUUUAAAAACUGUCUAUAAUUGAUUCAGCAUGUUAAUUCUACAGUUCUGUUCAUGGGAUGCUUGUUUAGACCCAGCCAGACCCCAGGGGAGGUCAGAGAAUGAGCCACUGUUGAGAUUCUCAUUGUUCCAAGCUGUCUUUAUUCCCCAGUGCAGCAGCCCUGCUGUGCUGCAGAGCCUGCAGGGCUGCAUGUCUGUGUUGUCUGUGUUCAGAGGGUGCUGUACAGACUGUAAUGACACUCCUGUGCUUCAGUGUUAGACCUUGUGCUCAAAGUGGUACAAUAAAUUCAUGUGCAUCCAACAAGGCCUGCCUUGCCUGGUGAGAGGGGCUGACAGCUCAGGGAGCAGGGUGGGGAAAGAAGAAAAAAAAAAUUAAAUGUAAAAUAAAGUCUAAAGUUCCUGCUGAGCAGAGGCUGUGUGGGGACAGAUCCUGCAGCAAGAUGAGCCUGAGGCCACUAAACCAUCCUGUGCCCACUCAGACCUCCCUUCACCUUUCAUUAACCCCAUUGCACCUGAGAGUGCCUCAGAAAGCCUGGAUGUGCUGCUCAUGGACAAUAUUAUUAUCCUGGAACUUGCAAGGGAAGGAGUUGCAGUUUCAUUGAGCUGUUCCAGGAGUCUACAAGAGUUUCCUGUCACUGUUUUGUGGCCAAAUAUCCCUGCAGGUCCAUUCCCCUCCCUUGGUAACACAGUCAGCAGCCUGUUCCCAGGGAACACCAGGCUCUGGCACUGGGAAUUUACAGUUUCUGAAGCAGCCCCAGGGGCUGGAGCAGCAGGAAUUCCCUGCCCAAGUGAGUGAGGCAGCCUCAGCUGGAGCUGGGUAAUAACAACAUGCAGUUUGUUCUUGAGCAGCUUGGAGUCAGCUGUCCAAACUUGGAUCUUCCAAACAAAUCUCUCACCUGAGCAACUGAACAGCCCCAAACAUUCCCAGAGACACCAAGAGCAGCCCUCAGGGUGCACAAACAGCUCCAGGCUGCUCUGGCAAAGCCCUGACUGCUCUGGGGUACCUGGUCAAGGACUGGAGGGUUUGUUCUGCAUCCUGAUUUCACCUGAGCUCCAACUGCAGCCUGGCUUUGCUCCAGCUCCACUGUGGCACUUCUGAGCACACCUCACACAGCUCUGGGAGCCAGUGCCAAUGCUGAUCUCUUAUCAGUUCUCUUUGCAAAUAAUUUCCCCCUUUUUUAUCAGGUUCCUUUGCUAAUUGCAAAAAAGAGGAGCAGAAAGAACUGUUCAUGCAGUGGGGGCUGAUGGAGCAAACCUCAGUGUCAGAUUAUCCCUGCCCUCAGCUCAGUUCCUGUGUCCCUGUUCCUGGGAGCAGAGCCAUUGCUCUGCUGUAACUGUGACACAAACACUCCACACAAAAACCUUAUUUCAUUUUCUUCUCCCUUUUUGCUCAGCUCUACACCCCCAGCUGUCCCCCACCCCUUUGGUUGUGCCUUUUCUAUUUUAAGUCAGCAGUGCUGAUUCUGUGAAAGAUAAAUCCAAGUGAGAGCCAGAGGAACACCCCCUCCUAUUCAUUAUUGCCCAAAAGCAGAGACCAGCAGCCUGUCACAAGCAGCCCUGAUCUGUCCUGAGCUGACAGGGAUGUAAUUAGUGCUGGCAAAGAACAACUGAAAUCCUGCUGAAGAAAUGUAGCAGCUUGACUGAAUUAAACAAAAAUCAUCUCUAGAUUAUUUGUCAGGUGAAAGGACCACCAGGUGUCACCUACUGAGUGGGAAAACUGCAAAUCUUGGUUCUUGGAUGGGCUCUUUGCAGUGACCUGGACCAAGGGGUGAUGGAGAAGCUGGCCAAGAACUGGGGGCUUUUCUCUCAGCUAGAGACACACACACAUUAUUCACACCAGAAUGGAAUUGUCCAUCUCAGCCAGAGUCCCAGAAAUGUGCCUGGUUUUGGAUUAUCUGGUGAAGGGAGGCAUUGCUGUGUUGGACACACUGCACAUCCACACAUCCCUGCCCAAACCAUUCCCUACCAGGCUUGCAGCAGCCUGAGUUUUAAUAUAAAACCAAUCAGCAUCAAAAACAUCUGCCAAGGCUUCCAGCUAAACCAGAGCAUUCACCACAGGCAUUCCAGGGUACAACUCUCUCUUUAGAUCAAAUCUUUGCCCCAGGUUUCCAGUUCUCAUAGGCUCCUACUGAAGAAGCACAAAGCACCUGCCCUUCCCACACCAGCUCCAGCCACAACAGCCCAUUCUCCUUUCUCCUCACAUGACUAAGUUAAAAAACCAACAAACAAACAACCCAACCACUUCCUUCUCUCUUCAAUGCCAGCUUAAAGUGACCUGAUGGGACCCAGCUCUGGGGGACAGACUACAGAAGAGCCAAAUUAUUACUCCUGAAAAUUCCAGCAGGAAAUAAUAUAAAACAAAAAUCAAAACCAAAGCCAACAAGUGAAAAUGGGUCCUCACUUUUCUGAAGAGAGACAACACCACACCAGCACCACACUGGAAUGUGUUGAGCCACUUGUUCCAUGAACAUUUCACAGCUGGAAGCAAAACCCAAAUCCACCCCACAGCCAGGAAGAAUAAUGAGGAGUAAGAGAGCAGCCCUGGGGAGUUUUAGCCUGAAUUCCUCUGUGGCUGAAGCAGCAGCCACAGGCAAAUUCAAAUUCCCACUCCCCACUGGACACAUGAGGGAAGCAGCAGCUCCUGGAGAGCAAUGGCUGCACCUCAGCAGCCCCAAGAGCUACAGCAGAGAGGCACCAACCUUUCUGUUGGGAAAAAAAUGCAACAAAUCCAUUUUUCUUCCUGUCUGGCUGAUCAAAAGGGUCCAGUGAAACUGUAUUUCUGGAAUUAAAUGUUUAUUUAAAUAUGCAGAUGACUUUGUUUCAUUGCUACAAGGUCAAUAUUCGCUUUCAAAUGGAAGCACUUUAUUUGAUUGAAUUCUGUCUCCAGAAAUGAAUGGGCAACACCAGAACCUUUUACAUUGGCAAUGAAAUCACAACACUGAGAUGCCACCAAGAUCUCGAGAUCAGUGCUCAAACACACAUACACACACAUAUACAAAUAAAAAAGUGCUCGACAUCAUCAUGUUAAAAUAGAAUUUGGCUUCUUUUAGGUCUUCUGUCAUUUCAGGCAGGAAAACAAAAAACCAAAGAACAAUAUGCAUCAAACUAAAUGAACUUCUGAAAAAUACUCAGCAUUAAACACAACUUUGAGUAUCAGUAAAUAUGUUUCUUCUCUAUUUACAGGUGUUAAGAAAGGGCAUUAGAGACUUUUGCUGGGGAUCAUGAAAUUUCAUAAGAUGUACAGUCCACGCUGCUGGGCAAGAUUAGUAAAUCCAAGCAGAGUUUUUAUAAACCAGUCACAUAUUUAGUUCUUCAGCGUUUGCCAAAGGUAAAUUCUACAAAAAUUAUUCAUUACCCUGAAUAACAGCAGCAGAAUAAACAUGUGCAGACUAUGAGA